AUGUCCGGAAAAAGUAAAGUGAUUGACAUAGCGUCGUCGUCGUCGUCGUCAUUGUCGUCGUCACCAUCACCAACGCGGAAAACGCCGCCGCCGACGCCGCCGCCGCCGCCGCCGCCACCAUCGCCACCAUCGUCACCACGUCGGCAACCAUCGUCGUCAUCACCGUCUCCUCGGAUACCGGCGAUACCCGAAACGACGACGACGACGACGACGACGACGGCCGCCUCGUCGCUUACGUCAGCGAAAUGGCUAAAGCGACGUGAUAUGCCAUUUCUCGAAACGCAUUACCCAAUGCGGGUUUUAACGCCUCCGCCGCCGCCGCCACGUCGGCAACCGUCGUUACCGUCUCCUCGGCGGAUACCGCCGGUAGUACCCGAGGAGAGAGACGAAAGAGCGUGGAAUACCGCGAAUUAUCUCGCAAGAGAUGAUCGUCCCGCCUGGUCCGCCACAGCCAUCAAUUUUACUGGCUUUACGAGCAGCAAUAGCAGUAGCGUCAGCAGCAGCAGCAGCAGCAGCAGCAGCAGGAACAGCAGUAACAGCGGCGACAGCGGCAGUGGCAACGGCAACAACAGCAGCGGCAACAAAUGUACCGCCAUCGCCGCCACCUCAACAAAGGGACGUACCCAACCCUUGAAGCCGUGCACUAAGACGGUGCGCGGCCAAUUACUCAGCCAGCCUAGGAUGGUCAUCACCCGACUGACACCGGAGGAGGUAAGCCGAGCGGAACGACGAGCAACGCCGCAACCGCGGCCAGUCGCCGAGGGGAGCCGGCGAAGCACGCCGUCGCCGACAAUAGUAAGUCGACAGGUUGCACGGCACUCUGUGCCAUCGGCGGGAGACGCGCGCCUAUGGGGCUCUUCCGCCGAAAUCGAGGCGAUAAGACGCGCUGCCGAAGCGUUCGACAGCGCGUAUCGCAUUGAGAUGACCCGAGUCACCGUGACCGACACGGUGACAAUCACUGCCAUGCCGGCGCAGCCAUGGGACCAGCCAGAUGAGGACGAGCCGGACUUCGCCAGCCCGGCCAGUGAAGAAGGAGAUCUGGCAGACGAAAGGGGGACAUCCCCAGAACCGUUUUAA